CUCACACGUCCCUCAUCUAACAUAGCACGGUUGUAUCCUCUGCCUGUUUGUUCUAUUUAAGGUUAUGGGCUCUCAAUAUUUCCCAGCACGCUCUGUGCUUUUCCAGAAGGAGUCAAGUGGAGUUACGUUUCGUGUGCCUGCUUUGAUCUAUCUGCCUCACUGCAGUCGUUUUCUGGCAUUCUGUGAGGAGCGACUGACUCCUGCGGACAAUCAGGCACAUCUGCUGGUCAUGCGCAAAGGAACUUUUCAGAAAAACUAUGUAGAGUGGAAGGACAUGCAGGUGUUGAGCACGGCUCAACUGCUAGGCCAUCGUUCAAUGAACCCUUGCCCUGUUUAUGAUGAGUUCACAAACACAGUUUUCCUGUUUUUCAUUGCUGUUUUGGGUCACACCUCUGAGUCUUACCAGUUAAUUACAGGCAAGAAUGUGACCCGCCUUUGCUUUGUGUCCAGCAAUGACCAAGGGGACACCUGGAGCCCUGUCACAGACCUUACUAAGAUGGUUCUAGGAGAUAACAUUAAAGAUUGGGCUACUUUUGCUGUGGGCCCAGGUCAUGGAACCCAGUUAAAAUCUGGACGGCUAAUAAUCCCUGCCUACGCAUACCAUAUAGACUGCAGAAACUGCUUUGGCAGGAAGUGCAAAACUUCAGCACACUCAUUCUGUUUCUAUAGUGACACGCAUGGAAAGGUGUGGCAUUUUGGGGAAGCGUUGUCAGCUCCAGAGAGUGUGGAAUGUCAAAUGGUGUCAGUCGAUGAAGAAGAUGGAGUCAAUGUUUUGUACUGUAAUGCUCGGAGUACGUCAGGUUGCCGAGUACAGGCCAUAAGCUUUAAUAAUGGUGCUGUUUUUCAUGACGGCCAGCUGGUGCAGAAACUAGUGGAGCCCAGGAAUGGAUGUCAUGGCAGCGUUAUAGGAUUUCCAGCCCCCUUCUUCCAGCUUGGGCAAUCCCAGCACUUACUGAGACAGCUGAUGUCCAUUGCCACCCCACAGGCAGACAGCAUAUGCCUAGGUUCAAAAUCUCCAAAGAACUUCCUCCAAUCGACAUGGGUGAUUUAUACACACCCAACUUGCUCGAAUUCUCGACGUGAUCUGGGCGUUUACCUCAGUCUUCUGCCACGAGACCCAGACAGCUGGUCAGCACCUUGGAUCAUAUAUGAUGGGCCCAGUGCUUAUUCAGACCUGGCAUACAUUGAGCUGAUGUCUGUUGAUGGUUCAGGAGUCCCUGUCUUUGCUUGCCUUUUUGAGAAUGGCACAAGAACAGCUUAUGAAGAGAUUUCUUUCAGCAUCUUCUCAUUGUAUGAGCUGAUCCACCACCUACCUCACAACAACCAAAGGAGAAGAGACCUUGUGAAAAGGAAAAUGUGGAAGUGCUGCUCUGUCUCCUGACUGUAUGAUUAUUGCAACAGAUUUUGCAGCUGCCCUUGAGUAUCGCAAACCUUGGUGCUCAUAACAUACCAUAGUUUGAUUAGUAUUAAUUGAAAUUAAAAAAUUUCUUACAUUUUGAAAUAUGUAUCAUGCUAUAUUACUAUUUAACCCUUACAAACAUUAGUAGGCUGUAGUGUGUUAUUUUUUACCAUGUACCAUAAGUAUUAUUGUGACCAUUAUGGAAGGCGCUCCCCAAGGACUGUGACGUCACCAACAGGGAAUUCGGACUUGGCAACUUGUCUAUUAAAGGAUGGAGUUUUGACGAGUCUGACAGAAACUGGACGCAACCGCCAUUUCUCCGGUGUCUGACAACUAUUUUACUUUGAAUUAGGGGGUUUGACUGUUCAAUGUCUUGUCCUCGAUCCGAGGACAAUGAGACUAACACAGACCCAUUUCUGGCUGCCGUGAAGGUCAUCACACCACUGAUCUACUGGCAUUUCUUCAAUGUGAUGCUCAACCAAUGUCUGACCACCGGCUGCAUCAUUUAAUCUACUUCUUUGUGUAUAUAUAUAUACAUAUGAAGGAUCCUACCUUAGAUUCUCACGUGAAGAACGUUUUUAUUAUUGUGUUUUUUUAGUUUAUUUCUAAUCAUUUAUUUACAUAAUCAUUUUAUAAUCAUUAGUUAUCCGUAUAAUUGUUUAUUUGAUAAUUCAAUAUUAUUUUUAUUAUUAUCAAUUUCAUUAUUAUAAUUUUUAUAAUUGUAUUAUUGUUUAUUCAUUUAUUAUAAAUUUCAUUAUAUUUCCAUAUUUUAUUAUAUUAUUCAUUAUAUUUCUAUAUUUUAUAUGUCUUAAUUCCAUGGUGGUUCAGUUUCACAGAGCUGUUCUGUCUGUGUGUAAACAAAGAUAGAUAAAGAGAAUGUUUAUGGAAGCCCAAGGUCUAAGGGAUGUUGCAGCUGAACAAUUUGGAUAUAACUGAGCAUGCUGUAUUCAUGGGAUA